AUGGCUGAGUUAGCAAGUUUAAGACAAAAACGGGGCACUGUUAAAUCCAAAAUUACAAGGAUCGAGUCCUUUGCUAAAGCAUUUAAACCAACUGAUAAUGUGUAUCAGCUGGAAGCUAGGUUGCAAACUUUGGAAAACGCAAUGAAAGAAUUUGAAGAAUAUCAAUAUCAAAUUGAAGUAUUGGAUGAGAACGAUAACGAUCGAGAAACAGUUGCAAUACAAUAUUAUAACGCUUUAGCCGAUAUUAAGGCUAAUCUCAAUACAUUUGAAUCCUUGAUACAUACUAAUAACAACUUGAAUGAGUGUCAGAAAUUUCACUACUUGAAAUCAUCACUAAAGGGCGAGGCGCUGGCCACCAUCGAGGCAUUAACUAUUUCUGCCGAAAAUUAUAAAUCCGCGUACGAUCUGUUGAAAAGACGGUACAAUAAUGCCAGGCUAAUUGCUCAAGAGCACGUUUUAAAUAUUUUAAACACACCUACUGUCACUAAGACUAAUUCAGUUGCUCUGCGUAAAUUAGUAAUAGAUGUUAGUAGUAAUAUAGAAGCCCUUAGAGUUCAAAAAUUAAAUGUUGAUGCAUGGGAUGGGUUAAUUGUGCCAUUCAUUGGUGAAAAAUUGGAUUACACCACUAAAAGGGAAUGGCAGGCCACACUUACCUCCGAAUUACCUACAUUAAAGGAACUAAUAACUUUCUUAGAAAAACGGUGUGAAUUUUUAGAAUCCUUUCAGUAUAUAAAUAAUAAGUCUCACAAUGAUGUCAGUACUCAUAAAUUUCAGCAGUCGAAUAAACAUGUAAAUAAUAAGAACUCAAAUAAAUACCGACCUAUCAUUCAAACGGUCACGAAUAAAGCGGUUCAUUGUUAUUAUUGUAACGCCAAUUCUCGUGUCAUUUAUAAGUGCCCGGAGUUUAAUAAUUUGCCGAUAAAUCUGAAAAUUCAACACGUAAAUAAAGGCCACUUGUGUGCAAAUUGUUUGCGGCCAAAUCAUAUUGCCGUAAAGUGUAUUUCUAAAAGUAGGUGCAAAGAAUGCCGCAUGAAACAUCAUUCGUUAAUACACGAUAGCAGACAAUCCAGUAAUAAUUUGGCAUUGUCUUUAUCAAAUCGUACCAACGUGACGGCACUGUUGAUUACAGCGCUUGUAAAUAUAGCAGACGCAAGGGGUACGUACCAUGAGUGUCGGGUAAUGUUAGAAUGUGGUUCGCAAAGCAAUCUAAUAACGCAUAAGUUAUGUCAAAAAUUAGGAAGCAAAUUGAAAAAAAUCAGUUAUCCAUUCACAGGGGUAGGGAAAAUACAAACUACUGUGAAAAACGCAACGAAUGUUUCAAUACAUUCUCGUUGUAAUCCGUUCUCGUUAAACUUACAUUGUCUAGUACUAUCAAAAAUUACUGGUCCCUAUCCAAGUGAGUCGUAUUCGAUUUCCGAUUUAAAGAUCCCAUUUAAUUUGAGCUUAGCUGAUCCAAAUUUUAAUAAAUCAACCAAUAUUGAUUUGCUCAUUGGAGCCGAACAUUUUUGGCAGAUAAUAGGCAACGAAGAGAUUAAUAUAUUUAAUAAACAAGUUUAUUUGAGGGAAACGGCUUUCGGUUGGGUCGUAGCAGGUAAAAUUGCGAACACCUGCACUCAAGGUUUUGUGGGUUGUACUAGAAAGUUUGGGAAAAAUGAGGCUUUAAAUCAACAAUUGACAAAAUUUUGGGAAAUGGAGGAGCAGGUAACGAACACCAGUACUAUGUCAGUUGAGGAAUUAGCAUGUGAAAGGCAUUUCUACAAAACGGUUAGAAGAGACCCUUCCGGUCGCUUUGUUGUCAGAUUACCAUUUAAAACAGAUGUUUCUCAUCUAGGUCGUUCUGACAACAUUGCUCUAAAACAGUUCCAUUCAUUAGAAAACCGGCUGAAUAACAAACCUCAACUAAAGAGUGAUUAUAUUAAGUUCAUGCAAGAAUAUACUGAUUUAGGCCAUAUGCAAUUAAUCACAAACUCGUCUGAUGUUAAUGUCAAUAAACAAUAUUCAUAUUAUUUACCCCAUCAUGCUGUCGUAAAGGAAUCAAGCUCAACCACGAGGGUGCGAGUAGUUUUUAACGCUAGUAGCAAAACGAGUACUGGUAUUAGCUUAAAUAACAUUCUUAUGGUGGGACCAACUGUCCAACAAAGUUUAUUUUCAAUUAUUACUCGAUUUCGCACACAUCAAUUUGCCUUUACUUGUGACAUUGUUAAAAUGUAUCGACAAAUCUGGGUCGACCCCAGAGAUACACCUUUUCAGCGCAUUUUGUGGCGAGAUGAUAAUAAUAAACCAGUCGAAAUCUAUGAGCUAAAGACUGUAACUUACGGUACUGCAUCCGCGCCGUAUCUGGACACCAAGUGUUUACAAAAAUUAGCCUUAGACGAGCAAGACAAAUUUCCCACUGCCUGUCCUAUAAUUUUACGCGAUUUUUAUGUGGACGAUUUGUUAUCUGGCGCCAACACAAUUGCAGAAGUUGCACCUGCAAAACAAGAACUAACGCAAACACUAAAGGCUGGGGGCUUUGAGUUACAAAAGUGGUGCUCUAAUGUGAACAAUUCUUUAUUGAGAAAUGAGUCUCAAGAUUCAAACAUUAAUCUAGAUAAUAAAAAUGAAGUCAAAACGCUCGGGUUAUGGUGGAAUUACGAGAAUGAUUUGUUAAAAUACACUCUUGAAUCUCAACCAACUAAUUCUGCUACAAAACGCCAGGUGCUUUCUACUAUAGCCAGAAUAUAUGACAUUUUAGGAUUACUGUCUCCUGUUAUUAUAAUCGCAAAAACAAUCAUACAAAAAAUGUGGUCGUAUAAACUUGAAUGGGACGAUCCAUUACCUAAAGAUCUAUAUACACAAUGGUCCGAAUUUUCAAAGCAAUUACAUCUACUAAAUUCGUUAACCAUUCCUAGAAAGGUGGUAACAUAUUCAUAUAAUUACACCGAAAUUCAUGGGUUUUGUGACGCAUCAAUGGCAGCUUAUGGAGCUUGCAUUUACAUUCGGACAUAUACAAUACCGAUUGGACUUCUCUAUAUAGCACAAGUUGUUGUACCGAAGCGUGGAACAUAUUUAGGAAUGUACUGUGUGACCUGGUUUCUAGACAUACGUCUACAUAUAAAGUCAAGUGCAAUCGUACAAAACCCUGGAUUACCCAGACCUUUAUAA